AGAAACAGUGUGGGUAGUGACUGUGAUGACAAGCCACAACAAGCACUUUCGACGGGAUGAUUGUGUGCCAGAUAAUUCGAUUGAGAUUUCUAUAGACAGUAUUGUAAAUAAGGACCAAGAUAAUGAGUGGGAAGCCAGGUCUGUGUUGUCUAUGGGAAGUCAGGAGAACAAGGUGAACAGAAACGAACAAGGCCUUAAAAGUCUUCCCUCUAUAAGCCAGUUAUGUCUUGUUUGUAUGCCAAAGACACCUCAUACCAUAGUAGAAGAACAAGAAGUGUAUCACUUACCUUGUAUGAAUGGUUUAAGAGAGAGUUCACUUGACAAAGUCGGCAAGGUACAGCAGCCACUGGAUAAUUCGGAAAUGGAUAGGAGCGGAAAACCUUGCUUGUCGCAACAAGAUGGGAUUGGAGUGUCGGAAUAUUCAAACUCGGAAGACCAUUCUAGUAGCCAAGGUACAUCCUCUUUCAAUGACACAACUUGUAGUAGAGCAAGUCGCAAGUCUGACGAGAAUAGCAAAGCUAAAAGACAGUUGGCAAAGAAAUUGUGGAGACAGCGAGACCAGAUGAAAAGGGAAGAAGAGAAACUUAUCUUUCAAAGGAAAGAACAGAGCUUCCAAGAAGCUAUACGGGAGUGGAUACAAUCGCAUUCUGAUGAGUGGAAUGAAGAAAGAUUACUACAAGUUUCCAAAGAACUUUUUCAACAAGAGGCAGGUUCUAGUAGAGUAGAAGGAAUAGAGACUAUGCCAGUUUUACAUGGUAGUGCAUUUGACUUGAUUACUAAACAGAGACAUCGUAUAGAAAAGCGUUUGCCUCCAGGGGCAUUAGAACAGCUUCCAGAAGAGGAAAUUAGAAAGCGAAGAAAUGAACAAAAGUCAGCCUCUAAAUGGAGAGCUAUGCAGUUACAAACGGAGAAGAUGCAUUUGUUACGUUGGAACUGUCGUCUAUUGGAAGAAUUGUAUAAAUAUAUAAGAAAGCGUAGCGAAGUACCUUGAAACACUAUUUCCAUUCGUUCUCUUAUAUUAUAAUAAUAUCUUCUCGUUAUUUAUGAGGAUUGAAUCUUCUAUAAAUCAUCAACUUACUCUUCAUUUCCACCAACCACUUCAUAGAGAAUCUCGUUCCAAU